UAUUUUUCCACCUCUAUUAGUUGCUUUAUUUUUCGCGUUUAAAUACGAAUAAAUUGUAUGUUAAUUGACUAAAUAUAAAUGUGACUUUUACAGUGCACUAUGUUAUCGCCAAGUAAAACAUUUGAGAUCCCAAAAGACUAUGAGUUUCCGUUUAUUCCAUACGAAAUCCAGCAGCAACUGAUGGAUGCGGUAUACGAUACAUUGACGAAAAAAGCCAUUGGCAUCUUUGAGAGUCCAACUGGGACAGGGAAGUCGUUGACUUUGACGUGUUCUGUGCUUCGAUGGCUUGAAGAUCGGGAGAUCUUGGAACGCAAAGAAUUGUCGGAUCGUCUUUCGAGUGCUGAACUAGAAGUUAAACGUUUGACUAGUAACAUUAAUAUGGCACAUGACUGGAUUACGGCUGGUUAUGCAGCAACAGAGAAAAAGAAAGAACUUGAAAAAUUGCUUAGAUGUCAGCAAUUAUUACAGAUUCACGACGAACGCUUGGGAGAAAUGCGUGAGCGGCAAGCUGUACUGCACAAAAACCGACGAAAAGUUAUCAGCAAAAUAUCAAAGGUAACAAAUGAUGCAAGUCUAGAUAAUAAGUUAUCGGAAACUUCAGAUUGGGACGAAAAAGCUAGUGAUGCUAUAAUUCAAGAUCAGGAAAUGGAAAGAGAAGAGGAAUUUCGUCCAAUCCAGGUAUUUUUCUGCAGCCGUACACAUUCUCAACUCGCACAAGUUGUAAGAGAAGUCAAACGUACACCGUACGGUUGCCGAAUACGUUGUGUUUCAUUGGCAUCGCGGCAACAGCUAUGCAUAAAUCCUCAAGUACGGAAAUUAGCAAAUAUGAAUCUCAUCAACGAACGUUGUCUCGAUAUGGCGCCUAAAAAUAAAGAGGCUAACAAAAAUACUACAUCUAAAUGUUGUGAAUUUCGCAAAACUACUUUAGUGCAAGGGCUUAGCGAAGUUGCUUUGUUCAAUGUAAUGGACAUAGAAGAAUUGGUUGGGGAAGGUGAAAGUUUAAAAGCGUGUCCAUACUACGCAUCAAGGGAAGCUGCAAAAUCAGCACAACUAGUAAUGCUUACAUAUCAGAUGCUUUUGCAUAGACGUACGCGACUUCAGAUGGGCAUAGAGUUAAAAGGUGCUAUUGUCAUUGUAGAUGAGGCGCAUAAUCUCUUAGAUACCAUCUCUCAAUUGCAUAGAUGUGAGUUAACUUUGCAGCAACUUUUACUAAUCCAACAACAAAUCAGUGCAUAUAAACUGUGCUACUUAAAACGAUUCAGUGCAACCAGCCUGCUAAAUAUUAACCAAUUGAUAUUUGUGGUGAAACGGCUUGUAAAACUAAUUCAAACGGGUGCCCCAAAUUCAAAGAAGCAAUACAUGCCAGUUUCCAGAGUUCUUCGAACCUAUGAGCUCACAGCAGAAGGCGAGUUUUACAAUAUCGAUUUGUACCUACUGCUGCAAUUUUGCGAUAGAUCUCGAUUAGCGCAAAAAUUGCAAGGAUUUGCGGAGAAAACUGACUGUUCAAAUUUAAAAGAUGGCAGUGCUGUUGAAGGUUCUGCAACGAAGCAACUUCUCAUACAAAUCGAAACUUCACAAAAGAAGGAUCUUAAAAGUCAAGAUGUUCUCGAGAGUGUAGAGGAUGCAAAUAUUACAAAAACGAAUAAAACUGCAGAGAAAAAAAUGUCGAUUAGUGUUCCAUUCCGUUCAUUUUUGUCUUUCCUCGAAUCAUUAACCGAAAAUGCAGAGGAUGGGCGAGUUAUUUUACAUUUCGAUGCAACGGGUGACUCUAAGAGUAGCAUGUACAAGUACAUUUUGUUAAAUCCAGGUGCACAUUUUGCGGAUGUCGUUCAGGAUGCGCGAGCUAUAAUAGUCGCUGGCGGUACAAUGCAGCCUACCAGGGAAUUAACGCAACAACUCUUUAGUGCUUGUCCAAAUCGAGUGCGGGAACAUAUUUAUAGCCAUGUCGUUCCACCCGAUGCUGUAUUACCACUUGUCGUUGCACAAGGGCCAACAGGUCGGCGUCUUUGCUUCAAUUAUACAGAGCGAAGUACUGCAGAUAUGAUCACAGAAUUGGGAAUGAUUGUUCAAAACGUUUGCAGUGUAAUACCAGCGGGAGUGGUUUGCUUUCUACCAUCUUACGAAUAUCUUGAUAUUGUAUAUAGUCACUUACAAAAGAGUGGUAUAUUAGAGAGAAUAUCUUUGAAGAAACGUAUAUUCUCUGAGACGCGUACAGGUUCCGGUUCAUCAGUAGAGAAACUUUUAGAUGAUUACAGCGCCGCAAUAAAAUCGAAUAAUACAGGUGGAGCAUUACUUUUCAGUGUUGUUGGUGGAAAAUUGAGCGAAGGUCUAAACUUUGCAGACGAUUUAGGGAGAUGUGUAAUUGUAGUUGGUUUGCCCUACCCAAAUCUACAAUCUGUCGAGUUACAGGAGCGCAUGCGGUAUUUAAAUGAGACACUUGGAUCAGGGGCAGGAAAUGAAUAUUAUGAAAAUUUAUGCCUAAAAGCUGUCAAUCAAUGCAUUGGCCGGUCUGUACGACACAUUAAUGAUUAUGCUUGCGUACUACUAGUAGACGAGCGAUAUUGCAAGGAAGGUAUACAAGCCAAGUUGCCACAGUGGAUAACUCGUAGUUUGGAAAUUCCGAAGACUUUUGGAGCUGUACAGGCUGCUACUGCUAGAUUCUUUAAGCACAUUAAAGACAAGAAAUCUAUAUGACAUUCAGUGGCUUAAGUAUUAUUUAUACUGUUGUUUAAUUAUUAGUAUGUGUUUUAAUUAUAUAUGUACAUAUUUAUGUAGAAGAGAUCAUGUCGACGCCUCCAAACCAUACUAUGCUAAGUCUUAUCAAGUCUAAAGUGACAGCGCAUGCUAUGGUUUGGAGGCGCCGAUAUAGUCCAUGAAAAACUGUUGUGUCACCCAUUUUCAAACUUGUGUGAAGAAUUCUUUGAGUUUGUAUAUGUGUUUAAAAAUGUGUAAUAAUAUUACAAAUGUAUUAUGGUCUUAAAACCCAACUAUUGGUGCCAUACCAUAGCCAUAACCAUAUCCAUAUCACUUAUCUGUUCUGAUCAAACGUAUGGGCCAUAACCAUAAGCAGGUGUGAAGCAUUUGACGAAGUUAUGGCUAUAGCGUUAUGAUUAUGGCACAUCAAAUUGGACAUUUAUUCCUAAAAAAUUAAAUAUGUAGUUUUAAAAAACUUUAUAAAGUGACAUUUUCAUAAAACUUUUCGAUUUACAAAUCGUUAUAAAUCUUUUUUAUUUUUAUGAAUUUGGUUGUUCUGUUUAAUAAGUUUUUUUCGCAUUUGUAUAUACAGUACAGAUUAUUAUAAUAAGUAUAUGUACAUAUGUAUAUGUGUGUAAGAAUACUUAUGUGACGAUUCAGAAAUGAAAAUUGUUCAAACCUUUUUACUAUAAGUUAGUAUUAAUAAAAUAAGUAAUGCACUCCGUUUAAUCUAAAUAAAUUCUUGAAAAAAUUAUGUAUGAUAUACAUUUUAUGUGUGAUAAUGGUUAUGCAUAUUGUGUGAUAAUGUUUAUGGGGUGUUCCAUACCAAA